AUGGAGAAGAGCCCUACCCGGCCUCCCUCUGCCCAAGGCUCCAUCAGAGACAAUGAUGACCAACUCCAUCGCACUCUGGGUGACCGGCAAGUCCAGUUCAUCACGAUUGGGGCCGCUAUGGGAACAGCCAUCUUUGUCCUCAUCGGGACCUCUUUGGCGCGUGCAGGACCUGCGGGUUUACUGCUCUCGUACACCUUCUACGCGUGCAUCCUUGGCCUUGUCAAUAACUCGGUGGCCGAAAUGGUUGUCUUUAUGCCCAUCAGUGGAUCCUACAUACGCAUGGCAUCCAAAUGGGUCGACGAUGCUUUCGGCUUUAUGGCUGGAUGGAAUUUCUUCUUCUACCAGGCCAACCUAAUUCCUUUUGAGAUUUCCGCCAUCAACAUCGUUUUGCAGUUCUGGAGGGAUGAUAUCCCGACUGCAGCUGUCUGCGGUGCAUGCGUUGUCUUGUAUUGCAUAACGAAUCUCUUUGCAGUCAAGUACUACGGCGAAAGCGAAUUCUGGCUAGCCAUCGGAAAGCUCAUCCUCAUCGGCGUCGUCUUCGGAUUCACCUUUGUCACCAUGUGCGGCGGCAAUCCUCAGCACGACGCUUACGGCUUUCGAUACUGGAAUAACCCGGGUGCCUUUGCCGAGUAUCUGGGAACAGGUGCUCUCGGAAACUUCCAGGGGUUUCUUGCUGGCAUUUGGAUCGCCGUCUUCACUUUUGCCGGGCCCGAGUAUGUGGGCAUGGUCGCCGGCGAGACCAAGAACCCGCGAAAGCUGCUGAACAAGGCAUUCAAGACAAUCUACUGGCGGUUUGGAAUUUUCUUUAUCGGCAGCGCCCUCUUUGUCGGCAUCGUUUUGCCAUACAACGACCCAACCCUCACAGCCGGCUCCGGUGUUGGCGCUGGAGGCUCUCCAUAUGUCAUCGCCAUGCAAAAUAUGGGCAUCAAGGGUCUCCCUCACGUGGUCAACGCGCUCUUGGUUACGAGCAUCUUCUCGGCAGGCAACGCAUACACCUACUGUUCCACGCGUACGCUCUACAGCCUGGCACUGAUGGGCCAUGCACCAGCGAUCUUCAAGAAGUGUACCAAGAAUGGUAUUCCGAUUUACUGUUUUAUGGUCACCACUCUAUUUUCGCUGUUGUCAUUCCUAUCAGUGUCUGAAGGGACUUCGCAAGUCAUCACAUGGCUUGUUAAUCUCACCACUGCAUCUCAGCUGAUCAAUUACAUUGUGGCCUGUACAACAUACAUCUUUUUCCACCGAGCCAUGAAGGCUCAAGGAAUCGAUCGGGACACACUCCCAUACAAAGGGUGGUUUCAGCCCUAUUCGGCCUGGAUCGCGACAGUUCUCCUAGGCCUGAUUCUAUGCGUCUACAGUUACGCAAUGUAUUUGCCAGGGCAAUGGGACAUUGGAUCUUUCUUUUCAUACUAUACCAUGUGUUUCGUUGGGUUAUUGACAUUCACUGGAUGGAAGGUAUACUGGAGGACCGAAUUUGUCAAGCCUGAGGAGGCUGAUUUGGUAUGGGAUCGACCAUUCAUUGACUUGCAUGAGGAGUCAUUACGGGUGUCCGAAGCGUGA